UGUGCACACAUUGGGGGGAAGGAAGAAACGGUCGACGCAGGAUGUUAUAGCGCCCGUUAAGCCGCCCAUUAAGCCGCUAACAUGACAUGCGUACAAAAAUCACCUACGCUGUGCACACACUGAACAAAUUGGACACCCUACCUACGCGCUUCUUAUGAGAAGGGAAAGAUGGACAUGUGUUCGCUGCACUGCUCCAAGCUGAAUGACCGGGCUGCCAACGAGUUGAGCUGCUUCAACAAGGCGAGACAGGAAGAUAAAAAUGAAGCAAACAUAAGAUACAACAAGGAGUGCAACUACAAGCUCUUUUUCUUCAUCGUCCAGUUGCAGCAGAAGUUGAAGGAGGUGGAAAAGGAAAACGAAAAACUGAAGGCCUUGCUGAAAAAGUACAACAAAGAGACCAUCGACCAGGACAACGAAGUGAUCAAACGGGCCCUGCUGCUCGUAAGCUGCCUCAUUUUUAUUGUUAUUUUUUUUCUAUUCUAGUUCGGCUGUGCUUUGGGGUUAGUCAAAGCGGCCUACCAAACGUAUGGACGACGGGAAACCCUCCCGCGACCCGCUGUACAACCCGUUUUCACUAAAACUUAUUACUUGCCUCAACACUGGGCGAGAAAGU